CUUUAUAGCGAAAACAAACUUUCAUUUCAAGGGAACGAAAAUGUUGUGGAAAGCCGUUCUAACAUUUGUAGCUUUAAAAUGCGUUCUCGCCAAGCCUUAUGUAGAUCCACCUGAAUGGCCAGCAGCAUACACUGUUACAGGAGUUUUGUACCUUCCUUAUGCUGAAAUCGAGGAGCCUUUUCAAGCAUGGUUCGACAGCCCUAACAAAAGAAGCCGAAUCGAUUACUAUGGAGGAAUGGAUGCCACAUUUCAAUUAGGGGAUAUCUUGGAAUAUGGAACAUCAUURAGAGUUUGCCCAGAGACCACAGAUACUACUAGAAAUGUCAGGAAAUGUUUCCAAACUAAUGGAACAGCUGUGGCAAAAAUAGCACCRCAAGCUGUAUUGCCRGAUCUAACCAAAUUCACNNNUAUUGGCAAGACAACGUAUGGUGGUGUAGAUUGCCAAGCAUGGCAAUAUGUUGAAUUUGUAGGACACAAAAAAAAUACAUAUACUAUGCAUYUGACAAUGGACGAGAAAAACAAUCCUGUACACUAUGAAAUGCUGGGAUAUGACAGCCUUCUUGGUUCUCAUUAUGAUAAAUAUGAAAUAAAGUAUGCUGACUUUAGUGGUACUGCCCCAUCGGAACAUAUUUUUCACAUACCGGAAGGUAUGGUCUGUACUGGAUUCCCUGGUCCUGGUGURGAAGAUGCUAUUAUUGCUAACCCAAUGCAAGAGUUCAUUGAACCUGAAGGCAGUGAGGUCAUUCAUGGUAUCUUUGACCACUUUCUCUCAAAACAYCMCAAAGACUAUAGUAGUAAAAUGGAGCAUGAACAUCGACGUGAUUUGUUUAGACAAAAUUUAAGAUUUAUUCAUUCAAAGAAUCGUCAACAUACUGGAUUUUAUAUGGCCAUUAAUCACCUUGCUGAUYGUACUGAAAAAGAACUCAAGGUGCUAAGAGGAAGGAGAACAAGUACCCAUGGAUACAAUGGGGGUCUCCCUUAUAAACCAGAUAUGUCUACAAUCAACGAUGUCCCUGAUACCAUUGAUUGGAACAUACGUGGUGCUGUUACUCCUGUGAAAGAUCAAGCUGUAUGUGGUUCAUGUUGGAGUUUUGGAUCAACUGGUGCUAUAGAAGGUGCUCUAUUCAUGAAGACCAAAAACUUGACAAGACUGUCACAGCAGAACCUGAUAGACUGYUCAUGGGGAUAUGGAAACAAUGGAUGCGAUGGGGGUGAAGAGUUUCGCUCUUACCAAUGGGUUAUGAAACACCAAGGAAUUACAACAGAAGAAAGCUAUGGYCAAUACUUAGCCCAGGAUGGCUAUUGUCAUUUUGAACAAGCCAAAAUGGGAGCCAAAAUUACAGGAUAUGUCAAUGUAACUUCAGGAGAUCUUAAUGCUCUUAAAAUUGCCAUUGCCCAAAGAGGCCCAGUAGCAGUUGGUAUAGAUGCAUCACACAGAUCUUUUGCCUUUUAUUCCUUUGGUGUUUACUAUGAACCUAAGUGUGGAAAUGCCCCAAAAGAUCUUGAUCAUGCUGUUCUUGCUGUGGGAUAUGGUACAAUGGAUGGACAAAAAUAUUGGCUUAUUAAGAACUCCUGGUCUACUCACUGGGGUAACAAUGGCUAUGUCUUAAUGUCUCAGAAGGACAAUAACUGUGGUGUUGCCACAGAUGCAACGUUUGUUCUAAUGGACUGAUGUUACAAAUGUUAGGUAGAAUACCUUUCAUCAAAAUAUUAUUUUUCUAUCAGUUAAAAAUAUGCAGUGUACCGAAAAUAAUAAUGCAAAGUUAUAAUAGUCAGUGUAUUCUUUUGCGUUGGAUGAAAAUUUGUUUAAUAAUUUAAAUGUUUGUAUACUUGGAACAUUCAAAAUUACACAGGGUUAAAAGAAAUUGCUGUUAGCAACCCAAAGCUGUCCAUUAGCAUUAAAAUAUACCAAAACUUUGUAAAAUAUAUUAUAUAAAUUUUCAAUAAAAAAUGCAAGUCAAAAAAAUUAA